AUGGCUGCUCCACCUGCCGCAAAUGAUAACGAGCUCAUCACAGUCAUCGCAGACACCUACAACAAAUCUUUCGACAUCCCGAAGUCCACUUUGACGAGAGAGAGUGGCUACUUUGCGACAUUGUUCAAAGGGACGUGGCAUGAGGUGGAGUCCGGAGUCAUUCGGCUUCGUGGUGAUCACGGUCUGGCAAUGGUCUUCGUUCUUGGAAUUCUUGACGCGGGUGCAGAUCCUACAAAAUUCGUUCGACUGACACAAGUGCUCAGCGUCUCGUUGGUUUCGGAACUCCCACGCCGGGAAACAACUCAAUACGCCUAUGACACAGCUGUCGGAGUGUAUACGAUCGCAGACAAGUACGACAUGCCAGUACUACGUAAGCACAUGGCAGAGCUAGCCCUACCCAUCAUGUUCAAGCAGUCAUUCGACAAGGAGUGGCCUUUCUCGCCCUCACAGCUUAACUUCGUUGCUCAUGUCUACGUGCGGUUUUCGGAAGAACUCGGCGAAUAUCCUGAAGAUCUUUUCGACUUGGUCUGUUCCGGCGCUGCCCACUUCCUCGGCAAGGAUGGUAACGCGGACCACAUCAUUGAGCACAUCUCGUCGAACCCAAAGCUACUCAAGCAUCUCAUCCGGGAUCUUGUCGACAAAACGCCAGACAAUCCGCAACCACUGAUCGAUGUCGCCAAGCAAGCUGCAGCGGCCUUCCGUACGGGAGCUUCCGCAGGGGACGAUAACAACGGGGAUGAAGACAACCUCAGCGACGAGACUGGGGAACUUGACGCACCGAAGCCGCAUAAAACUCUUAUUAAACGCCGAGGACUCUUCGAUGUGAGUACUCUCUGCAUAAAAGGUGUCGAUGAAAUCGUCACAGUCUACAAUAACUCGACCGGCAAAGACCAUACCUUCAAAAUUUCCAAGCUCGCCCUCGUCACAGCGAGCGGCUACUUCGAGGCAUUCUUCGACAAAGACUGGGAGGAGGUGCGCAUCCCAACCAUUCAUAUUCGCAACAAUGGCUCUUCGGAAGUGGAUGUUUUUCGUGGUGCGCUGGCGGAGCACGGUCCGGACGAGUUUGCUACAGCCAUUGACAGGGACCUGAUUUAUAUGAUGUACGCCGGCACAUAUAUCUAUGGCGAGGUUUUCGACAAGGCCGUUCGCAUGUACAGCAUCGCCGACAAGUACGAUAUGCCAGCACUGCACAAGGUUCUGGUAGAAUCAACCUUUCCUUACAUUCUCGAGAAGAUGUACGAAAAGGACUACUAUGAUUAUAACUACCAGGGAGUUUUCGCGGAUCAGAUCUACGAUCGUAUCUUCAGGGAGCUGGGCACAUAUCCCAAGGACCUCUAUUGGAUGAUCUGUAAAGGUGUAGACAUCUCCAUCCGCCAUGACGGUGAAGCCGAUUACCUCAUCGAGCGCAUCUCAUCAGACGCACAACUUCUUGACCACGUCUUCCAAUACCUGAUGGAGAGAGUUUCCCACAGACCGCGUUUGCUGGCGGGUCUCGCCAAGCAGAUCGCAGCAGCACCAGAGAACGACGAGAGUGAUGACGUCGGAGAGGAAGAACAGCCAGCUGCAACCCCGGCUGCGAGAGCGAAGAAACCGAGGACAAAGGCGACCAAGACCGAGAUCACGGACUCCAAAUGA